UUAUUUGUUGAUCUUUCUAAGUUCAUAUUUCCAAUUUAAAGAGCGGUGAAAACGCUGAAAAGUAAUUCGGUUAAUCAUGAUCAAGUUCAAUGGCGCACUGUUAAGGAGCAUUCACACGAGCGCAGUGCUUGCAAACAACAGCGAUGUGACGAAACGUUGUCCGGAGCUGAUAGACCGUAUUAUUCGGGUUGACCAUGCUGGCGAGCUAGGGGCCAAUCAAAUCUAUCGCGGACAAAUGGCCGUCUUGGGUCACACGAAGAUGGGCGAUACCAUCCAACACAUGUGGGAACAGGAGAAAGUACACAAGGCAGAGUUUGAUCGCUUGAUGAACAAGUAUCGUGCUAGGCCAACUGCCCUACUUCCACUGUGGAACAUUGCUGGCUUCGCUCUCGGAGCCGGCAGUGCACUUCUGGGAGAGAAGGCAGCGAUGGCCUGUACGGUAGCGGUCGAGUCCGUCAUCGUUGAACACUACAACGAUCAGCUGCGCACAUUGAUGGAAGAUCCCAGUUUCAAAGAGCAGGAUCUACUGGAAGUGAUUACCCGAUGCCGAGAUGAAGAACAGGAACAUCACGAUACCGGCAUGGAUGAAGGAGCCGAACAGGCGCCAUUCUAUCAGGCACUCACCGGCGUCAUCAAGUUCGGCUGUCGAGCGGCGAUAAAAAUAGCUGAACGAGUGUGAAUAGAUGUCAUUAAGUUUGUUUAGUUUUAGUACCGAGAAACUAUAAAUUUUCGUUUAUUUAUCACA